UCAUGUGCAAGCAGUUUGUGGAUUCAGAUGUGUCCUCCAGUUGUAUAAUUAUUAUACAUGUGAUUUUUUUAUGACCUCAAAUGAAUCAAGAGACUAUUAAAAUAAUUUGUCGCAGCACCCCCUGAAAUAAAAAUCAGGAGUUUUGUGGCCUUGUGUGUUAGCUUUGAGGUCAUCUAUAAGGUUGUAUACUGCUACAAGUUCACUUUUAGUAAGAUUUUGUCUUCCGGGAAAAACAAACUAAAAAUAUUGAUGACUCAUCAUGCACUAUACAGAUGUUUGACUAAUCGGAUGCUCUCUAGAAUGAAAAUGCCCCGCCCCCAAUACCACCUGCAACCAAUUAGCAAGCUGCUUUUUUAAAAGGGAUAUUUCCUGCCUGGAAUGUUUUAUUUUAAUAAGAAAUAUGUUAACACAGAAAACGCCUUGUUACACAAUACUUAAGAAAUUUCUAAAGUGUUGAUUUAGUACUUGAAAAACUUUUAUUGUUAGCACAUCUGAAAAUGGUUGACGCUUAAAGGUGCAGUAUGUAGGAUUUCUGUCCGCUAGAGGUCGCUAGAGGCCUAUUCAAAACAAAGGCGUAGCUUGAUGACGCCAAGUUUGAGCGCAGAAUCUUGGGACAUGUGGUCUUCACCUCAACGGACGGUGCAAAAGAAUAGGGAUGGGACUCGGGAAGAAAUCAUGUUCAUGGAUGCGAUUAUUAACGUUAUUGUAGUAUGAAGCAGAGCAGGACCGAGUGUUGUGGGAGCUGAACGAGGCCGCUGGAGCGAUUGUGCAACACGCCGCGAGCAGAGGAACUUUUAUUAUGCCACAGUCACCGGCGACGCUUCCGCUUUUCCGGUCAUGAGUAUGAGGUAACGCAGCUCUGUUUAUCAUAUUAGAUACAUUUGAGUGUGUUGAAAAUAAUGUUAUAAUGUUACUCUGCGUUCGCUCGGCGGCUGCUGUGAGACACUCGUUACACACUGCAGUAAGAUCAAUUUUAGAAUAUCAGUGCUGGAUGGCUUGUAUUGAUAAAUGGCAUGCAAUUAAUUUUAAAACGUAUGAUGGAGAAAAUUCUGUAUUACUGUUACUAAAAAUAAAGCUGCAUCUGAUUAUGCUAUGUUAGCUACUUGACAAAACAGUGUUUUUCUCUGAGGCAUGGUAAAGCAUGGUACUCGCAAAAAAUCAAGAAAAUUCGAUUUAAACAAUAAGACUAAACGUGUUGAGCUAUAUAACAAUAAUUAGUUUUCUGUCUAUAAAUAUAUCAAAACAGUUGAACGUGUAAUAUAUUAAAGCAUCUUUGGUGUUUCCAUGGUUUCUAAUAAAAUAAAACCGGAAACCGAGGCAGACUGAGGGUUAACGCGGGUAUGACGCAAUUGACAGGCGAUUUCUCACACGUCCCGGAGCCUUGGUUAAAAUUGCAAUUUUCUCCCGAUUUACAAAUAGUUGGAAACAUUUGGGAUAUUGUAAGUACUCAAGUGAACAAAAUUUAUAACACUGGCCUAGUGGUUUUUGGAUAUUUUACUGCAAAAAUCUUACAUAUUGCACCUUUAAUGGCUUGUGGAAACAAUACUUAACAUCUUAUUUCAGCUUUACUGGUGUGCAACUUUUACUUCAUUUCACCUAUUCACUUGUUAUCCAAUCACAGUUACAAGACUGGGCCUCCAAAAAAUACCAAGGUGUCACACAUUUGGUUAACGUUGGCUUUAAUAAUCAUGGUUUUGGCCAAAAUACUUUAUUGUAACUGUAAGAUCAUAAUAAACUAAUAUGGCCUCUUCUGCAAACAUUGCACUUACCUUUAUUCAUUUAGCAGACGCUAAAUGCAACUUACAAAUGAGCGAUUCGUUUUAAGGAGGCAUAACAGAGAAGUGUUAGCUAGCUAAACAAAGUUUCAAACGCCGUGACCGUCUAGCAUAGUACAAGCUAGAAAAUGGAGAGAUUAACAAAUUGUGAAUAUUUCUGUCAUGUAGUCGAUAUUUGAGUGUAGUAACAAUUAUAUUUUGGCGGACAUCGUGGUACUGUGGUUACUGGCUACCAAGUUAUAAGUUGGAGACAUCCUGGGCGAUGGGUCUUCACGUGUGUAUGAUGUACAAUGCUUUGGAGAGUGCCGUAGUUCUUCUGCAGAAUGGGGCAGCGGUCAACAGGAAACCUAAUGGGAAGACCCCUCUACAUGUGGCCUGUACGGUGUCUAAUGCUGACUGUGUGGGACUUCUGCUGGAAUGGGGCGCACGGAUCAACAGCAUGUCGCUGAGUGGACACACCCCUUUACACUACUGCAUUUCAGCAGAGUCUUUGGACUGUGCCAAACAUCUUAUUCUCAAAGGAGCAAAUGUCAACAUGCCCAGUGAGGAGAACCAGGACACCCCUCUGCACACAGCGGCCCGCUUCGGUAUCCCUGAGCUGGUGGCUUUAUAUAUCGCUCAUGGAGCUGAUAUUAAUGCAGUCAACGGUUACAUGGAGACACCUCUGAUCACCGCUUCAUUCUGGGCCAUGGAUAUUCGCGAACGAACCUAUAGCUCAGACCACCAUCUCGUCUGCCGGAUCCUGUUGGACCACAAUGCUAACGUAUAUUUAUAUGAGGAAGACAAGAAGACGGCAUUGCAUAAAGCUUGCUGGAAUUGUGACCAUGUGCUUAUCCAGAUGUUGCUGGAGGCCGGUGCCGAGACUAAGGCUAUGGAUGUCAAUGGAUGCGCAGCUAUACAGUAUCUGCUGAAGGUGACGCAGAUCAGGCCGUGGGCCAUUCCUGAACGCUGCUAUCAGCUGCUUCUGAACUACGGAGCAGCCCGAGUGUAUCCACCACAGUUUCACAAGGUGUUGCAGGCGUGUCAUGAAUACCCCAGGGCAGUGGAGGUGAUGGUCAAUUCAUAUGAGCAUAUCAAGCACACUAAAAAAUGGAGAACUGCUAUUCCUGAAGCUGUAUAUGAGCGGCACAGGAAUUUCUACGACUCUCUGUUUGCCGUCUGCACCAACAAUCCACGCACUCUACAGCAUCUGGCCAGAUGUGCAAUACGUGCCGCACUGUCGAAACGCUGUGAAUUGGGUGUCCAGCAACUCAUUCUUCCUCCAUCAGUGAAGAAAUACCUACUUCUGGAGCCUGUUGGAUUCAUAUUCUGACAUCAUAUUCUGCAUUAUAGACAUAUGACUGCUGCAUACUCACCAUCUUUUACAUCAAUUCUCCAUACAUCAUGUUUGCUUGUCAGACAUUCCACAUACAGUAAUUCCAGUGUUGGCGACAUUAGAUGUUUUAUUUACAUCUUUUUGUUCACUGGUUUCCAGGUCUUGUUUGCUUAUGUUUUAAAAUGUUUUCUUUAUUUGAUCCUUUACCAGCAAACAAUUAUAGUCCUCGUGUAUUUAAUAUGAAUAUUUAAUAUUAAAAAUAAAUAUGAAAUACAAGUAAUAAACAAUUUUAUAUGAAUGCUAAUAAUAUUUAAUAUAUUUUCACUAUUAAUUAUGACACUUAUGAAGUUAGUGGUCUUUCCACACAUCCAUAAGCCUCAUGUUUUACUAAAUCUGCACUAUACUAUAAUCAAAGUCUGGUUUUAGGCUUGUCUGCUAAGACUGUAGAUCAUUUUUGAGGGGGAAAUGAACAUGGAAAGCCAUAUUUAGCGUAAGAGGAUAAUAUCAUGGUGUAAUAAUAUCGCCAACAGCACAUUACAGAUAACAGCUGAAUAGGAUGAGAUGUCUAAGUCCUUUAGUCAGAGUUAAAACUGAAGUGCUUAUCAGGGUUUAACUCUGAAUAAUGAGGGCAGACACAAAAGUCAUUGAUCCUCUUUAGAGGGGCUUCAUUUAAUUUAAGCUAUAAAGGGGUUUUAAAUGUCAUUUUUGACAAGUUAAAAUGAUAGAAUCCAAGAACAAGAAUAAAAGUAAUAUGGUUAAUCUGGAAGAAUGUUCAGACCACAAUUUUACACUUUCCCAAGAACGAAGUGUGCGAGUUUAGGAUAGCAUUUGUUCUUCCUAUCUCUCUGUAUCCUCACACAGCCUGUCACCUGGAAGCAAUGAUUCUUCUUCCCAGCAGACAGCCUGUUUCCACUCAUUCUCUACAGAAGAGAUACAACAGAGAAACAGACUCUAACAAAUUAACCUCUACCCCGAAAUUGUAUAGACCGACUUUUGCUUUGAAUGAGAUUAAAUUAGAUUUUAUACUUCAAGCACAUUAAAAAUUGAUCAUCAACAAGCACUGUAUAUGGUAGGAAAUGAGGAACUAGCAGCAGUUGUGUGGUUUCAGAAAGAGGGGACAUUGUGUCAAUGACUGACAGGGCAGGCGGGGCAGUUAUGGUUCUUAAAAUAGCACUAUUUUCCAAGGUGGGCGGGACUCCGGUGUCACAUCCACCAGAUCAAGUGCUGUUAGGAGAGACUGGUAGACGUGCAAAAGAAAAGACGGAUCAUUUUGUUCCCGGCUUAUGGCUACAGGCCAAAAAUAAACAGAGGAUCUCUGCCAAAAUUCUGGCCUUAAGUAAGAGUGUAGAUCUCCUGCUCGAUAAGUUGUAGUUAUGAGACAUCCCAGGCUACACAACUGAAGUUACAACAAACUACUGUUAAACAACAACUCAGAAUAAUCUAACCAGUGAAUUGUGACACCUGUUUAACCACUUUCAAAAUGGUUUAUACCAUUUAAAAAUUUGGGGAAAGAAAUUAAUGUUUAUUCAGCAAGGAUGCAUUAAAUUGAUUAAAAGUGACAGAAAAUUAAAUUAGACAUUUGUAGCCUAAAAUUUGGCUUUGCUCCAGAGACAGAGUAAUUUUUGCAUCACCCUAUUUAGAGAAAAUGUUGUUCUCUAAGUUAUAUUAUUAACCUUACUUUCAUGUUGUGUUAUAUAAAACUUAGUCUUGUCAACAUUUUGGAAAUUGUUUUUGUGUUCAUUGAGAUAUUGUUUAAAAUGUUACUCAUUUACGCUGAGCACUGUAUGUGUAAAAAGACAAACAAAAAGGAAACCUUUUUUCUUCAUUCAUUGUUUUAAUAGUACAGAAAAUGGCACUCUCACAGAAUGAGAAAUUGAAAUAACGUUUCAUGAAUAGUGCUGAGCAUUCAUUCACACAGUUGCUCCUUUGUGAAUACAGGAUUGUGUAUCUAAAACACGCCAAGAAGCAGGUGUGAUUUCACUAGGACGGGGAUAUGACUACAAAUGAAGCUUAUGAGGUAUGAAUGAAAAACAUCAACACGGUAGAUGUCAGUUCUAGAUUAUAACUGGAAAUGUGCAAAUUAUCUACUGAGGUUGUCUAAAUACUUCCAUCUCUCUGUAUGAGGCUAAUACAUGAUAGCAAACUGCUAGCAGCUAAAACCCACCCAGAGUUUAAUGAGUGUCACUUGACAGAGAGCAGCUGCUCACACUUGAGUGCCCUUAAAAUUCAUACAGGUCCUUCUUAUUGCUUUCAAAAAGCCAACUUUACAAAUAUUACAAUGAAAUUAAAACAAAACAACAAUAAAAACCAAAUGAAAUGAUAAAAAAAAAAAA